AAUGAGCAACAAACCUACACGUCCAGGCCCUUGGUUAACAAUUUGGAAAUUACUUUGGGCAGAUACAAAACUUCCGAAACAAUAUAUUGGAGAAGAUCAAUAUGGAAAUAGAUACUACGAAUUGUCUAAGCCGAGAAGUUCGGGAAAUGUUUCGAGAGGUUAUGACCCAGCGCCUGGCGCUCCAGACCCGCCAGUUGAGUGGCUUUCCUGGACAAAAAUGACUCGUCGAUUUCCGCCUUCUGAAGAGGAGAUUAGGCUUAAUAGAGCUAGACAACAGCAACAACUAGAAGCCGAUGCAGAAACAGAAAAAAGAGCACCAACAGUUGCUACAAAAGGAGGGGCUGUAGAAAAAGACAAAGGCUUUCCCGAGUACAAAGAAAAAGAUUUUGAACACAUUCCUGGCGCCAAAAAAGAAGAUAAGAGGCUUAGUGAUAAAGAAAAAGUUUCGCCAUUGCAUGGUUCUCCUUAUCCUGAUUAG